UCACAUUUCAUGCUCUCUUACUGUGCUUGACGACAGCGCUCCCAAGCUAUUUAAAGGGCAGUUUCAAGUCUUUGGUGACCAUAUCCGCAACUACUCCCAAAAAAUUGUUCCCCAGUAUAUUGGAGAAAUUUUAAGAAGCGUGAAUGUUGAAAUGGAGAGUAGUAGAUCCUUACAAUACGAAGUUCCCCUUGGCUACAGCAUUGAAGACGUUCGUCCCAACGGUGGCAUUGAGAAGUUCCAAUCUCCUGCUUACUCCAAAUGCAUGAGACAGCCAUCGUGAUAUACUUAUUUUUCCCCAUCAUUUUCUCCUUAUUAAAUCUUGUAUUGUAAUAUUCACAUAAAUAGUAGUAUUGGAGAGGUUUGGAUAUCAUAUACAGUGCCAUGGCUGUGAUCGAGAACCAAGCACAGUCUCCGAUUGGAUUCGAAGGGUUUGAGAAGCGCAUCGAGAUUUCAUUCCGCGAGCCACUAAUUUUCAAGGACCCUCAAGGAGUAAACCUACGGUCCCUGACUCGGUCUCAGCUAAACUCUAUUCUGGAACCCGCGUGUUGCACCAUUGUUUCUCACUUCUCCAAUGCCGAAUUGGACUCUUACGUGGUCUCUGAAUCAAGCCUCUUCGUCUACCCUUUCAAAAUCAUACUCAAAACUUGCGGCACCACCAAGUUGUUACUCUCAAUCAACCCUAUUCUCCACCUCGCAGCCUCUCUCUCACUCUCUGUUCUCGCCGUUAAGUAUUCACGCGGGACUUUUCUUUUCCCAAAUUACCAGUUUGCCCCUCACCGAUGUUUCUCUGAUGAAGUUGCCGUGCUAAAUGACCAUUUUCCCCAUCUCCAUGCCAAGCCUUCUGUAAUCGGCGAUCCUGCAAAUCCAAAUCGCAACUGGCACAUUUACUCGGCAUGCAGAGUGGAUGCCACGUCACAUGAUGUGCGCACUACUACUACCACUACUAAUAAUGUGGAGAUGUGCAUGACUGGAUUGGACCGCGACAAGGCGCGAGUGUUUUUCAAGGAAUCGGGAGGUGGCAAAAUGACCGAAAUGUCCGGGAUGUCGGAGAUUAUUCCGAGUCACGUGAUCUGCGACUUCGAGUUUGAUCCGUGCGGGUACUCGAUGAAUGGAAUCGAGGGUGCGGCGUUUUCAACCGUGCACGUGACCCCCGAAGAUGGGUUAAGUUAUGCUAGCUAUGAAGCGGAGGGGUUUGACCCUGAGUCAAUUGGUUUUGGGCCACUCGUGAGCAGGGUUUUGAGGUGCUUCCGUCCCACUGAAUUCUCUAUUGCUGUCACGUGCAAGGCAGGUGCCGAGGGUUGGGCCAUGUGGGAUGCUGACGUGGAGGGGUAUUAUUGCGAGAGUGUGGUGAAGCAGGAGCGGCCAGGGAAGGUGUGCAUAGUAUACCGAACGUACUCUCCUAAGGGGAGAGGGUGCGCAGUGCGCAUGCCCAAGAAAGCCACCAUCAAGUGCUGCAAGGAGAUGGAGAUGGAGAUGGUGAUGUUGUCGGAGGAGGUGGUAGUUUCUGCUUAGCGUUUUUGUUUCAGACAAAUGUCGUUUUGACCAUUUUGCUCAAAUGCUUUUGGGG